GAGAUGUAUGCCUUAAUGCCCCGCCCCUGUUUUUAUCAGCAGCAGUGAGCAUUUAAAGCUCCGUGCUCAACAACAUCCCAUCAUACAGCAAAACUGAAGAUACACAUCACUUACUUUAUACCAGAGCAUCAAGAGCAAAAACCAUCUCAACAUUUACAGAACUACAGAGCUGAGGAAACAGCUGAAUGAUGAGUGCCUCUAAGAGUCAAACACUGGUGUCCAAACUGGAGGCCCUGCAGUGCCACUUCACCUGGGAUCUGGACCCCAGCAGAUCCUUACUUAUACGUCUAAGGGAAAACGUGAAGGACAUUGGCACUGAAGAGGGAAACAGCUGGCAGGGUCACAUCUACAACCUGCGAGGGUUCAUUCAGUACAAGCUGGGCUUCAGUGAAGACGCCCAAAGUUUCUUCAACAAGGCUACAGAGGCCUUCAAUAACAUGAGAAACGCAGGUGAGGGCCCCUGGUUAGUGGUGAACUACGGGAACCUGGCUUGGUUGCAUCACCACCUGGGAGACCAAGCAGAGAGUGAGGCCUACCUGUCAAAAGUCUACGCCCUGAAUAAAAAAUACCCAUCUCCAUCCCAGGAGGAGCUCCACCCGGAGACCUACGCUGAAAAAGCCUGGACCCUGAUGAAGUUCAGCGCAGACAAAAAGCUGCUGUCUGCAGAUUACUUCCAGAAAGCCAUCGAGAUGCAGCCGGACAUGGUGGAGUGGAACACUAGCUACAUCAUAGGGUUAGUGAAUGCUUCAAAGCACAGCAGCACAGGGCUGGAAGAGGAAAUCUUGGAGAAAAUGAGAAUCGCUAAGGAACAGGAUCCAGAGAACUUGUACCUUGCUAUUAAAUACCUUGAUCAACGUGCUAAGAGAGGAGAAAGAAUAGAAGAUGAAGCACGUGAGUUAGCCAGAGAGGUUUUAAGGAAUCCUGUCAGCAGCUACAGUGGUUUUAAAGCCAUACUAAGGGUUUACAAAACAUAUGUAUCUGUUGAUGAGGCCAUUGUUUUGGCAGAGGAGGCUCUGAAGGACCAUCCAGAUGAGCGUUAUCUGAAGAGAUGCGCUGCUCUCUGCUACAAAUGGAAGAUAAUUCUUUCCAGGGACAGUCGCCCAAAGAAAAGCAUGAUAGACAGAGCAGUGGGUCUCCAUCGGGAGGUGAUUUCUCUCUACCCUCAUUCUUCCCUUGUGAAGAAGAUAGACCUUGCAAAUGUGUAUGGAAAGGCAAAUGAUGGCCAGGCUAAAGCUGAGCAGAUAUAUCAGGAACUGCUAGAAAGGGAUUUGGAACCAGCAGACAAACAGGUGCUUUACAACAACUACGCAAGAUAUUUAAAUUUCGAUCGAAAGGAGUAUCAAAAGUCACUCAAAUAUCACAUGAAGGCAGCAGCAAUACCGCACCAAUCCUUCUAUCGUGACGGCAGCAUCAAAGUUCUGGAGAAGAUCAGGGCCAAAGGCAGGGACAGAAUGUGCGGAGAAAUAAGGGAGUUUCUGGCAAACCUGCAAGAGCCAUAGUGUUUUUAACAGCAUGUAAAACAAUCAGAAAAAAACCUAGGUAUUGCACUACCUAAAAAUAAUCUGUAUAUACUUAUUGAUUGAGAAGAUGUAUCUGAGAGUUUAUGCACUGAAAAACUGUCAGCAGUAGUAGCCUACACUCGAUUUAGGAAAUAAGCCAAAUCCUUUAUAACACUGGUUGUUGACAUGUUGUUUUUCUGAACUAUGUGCAUGUUUUUUCCAUGUGCACUGUUCUUUCUAGCAAAAAUACUCUAUAACCUAUGAAAUGUGCUUUGCCGUAAGCUUUUAUUUGUGUAAUAUAAAAAUGUGUGAUUGGUAUUUCAAUAUAUGAUGGAUGUAUAACCUCAAUAGUAUUGCAUGAUGCAACUGAUUAUAUAUCAAGAGUGCCUCUAUAUUGUAAAAAACAAUAAAAAUGCAUUAUGUAAACCAAGAAA